CGUGGCCGAAACUACUUCAAUUUUUUGCAGCCUGUCUAUUUCCGGAGCGGUUUGGCGCCGAUUCGACUCGUAGGCUCCAUCCGAGUAGAGCGAUGAUGCCCGUGGCCGCCGACGUUGCGCCGACGCGCAUGAAGCGCUUUGGGAAGCGGCGUUUCAACUCGACGCUCAUCCUUGAAGACGCGCCACCGCCGUCUAGCUUGGAGCUCCUCUUCGAGUCGUUUCCGUUCCUUGGGCGGUGGCGGCUCAAGUGGAAGAAGCUGAUGUCGAGUAGCGUCCGGCACCACCAAGCCGCGCCAACCAACCUCCCGUCGUCGUUCUUGUCGCCACUGCAGCUGCACCCGCACGUGCCCAACGCCAAGUUCUCGGACCCCGUCCUCACGUUUGACGUGAGCGAAGCGAACCUCUGCGGCGUCGCGUCGAUCCGCGGCAUCCGCAACGCGAACGAAGACACGUACCGCGUCAUCACCAACCUCGAAAAGUACGUGUCGAGUCUUCUCGUGACGCAGGCCGACGCGACACCGGCGAGCGUCCUGGACAAGCACAUGCAGUCGAGUGUCUUUGACUCGGAAGAGUCGCUGCGACUCAAGGAAGCCACGUGGUUCUUACCGGCAGAAAUUCCCCAAGAACCCUCGACGUGGACGCAGCUCUACGGCGUCUACGACGGCCACGCCGGCCGCCGGUGCUCGGCCACGGUCGCCCGCGCACUCCCGCUGUACCUUUUGGCUGCCGCGGAGACGUUUCACACCAAUCUGUCAGAGUGUUUAAAGACAAGUUGUCUCGCUUUGGACAAGUCCUUUCUCGACUUGGCCGCAACGCGCGGCUACAAGGACGGGUCCACCGCGAUCACGGUCCUCAUCCGCAACGACGAAGUGUACGUCGCCAACAUUGGCGACUGCCGGGCGAUCCUCAUCUCGUUGGACCCUGCUUCAAACGUACCCAAAGUCAAGCCCUUGUCGGUCGACCAAAAACCGCACUCGCCCGCCGAGAAGGCGCGUAUCGAAGAAGCAGGUGGGAUUGUGCUCAAUAUCCGAGGCAUCAACCGUGUGAACGGCCUUCUCGCUGUUGCCCGCGCGUUUGGCGACAUUGCUCUCAAGCGGUACAUCGUGGCCGAGCCAGAAGUGACGGUGCACCAGCUGCAGGAGCAUGACGCGUUCAUCGUGCUCGCUACCGACGGUCUCUGGGACGUCUUUAGCAACGAAGCGGUCGCGUCCUUUAUCCGUACGUACAUGGACAUGCCACUCGACAACCUCGCACUCAAGCUCGCCAACAUGGCGAUCGAGUUGGGUAGCACAGACAAUAUCACCGCCGUCGUCGUCGAUGUGCGAUAACAUUAGCUUAAUAGGACACUUCGUACCCCAUA